UUUUACCACGCUAGUGUCAGUUUAUUUCCAACUACGGAAAGUGAUGGUUUUCUCAUCGAGAAAUUCAUAUGGAGCGUGUUACCACAUGUCUAGUUAUACUCUCCAUGAAUUUUCCGAUUCAAAGUUUUCCGAUAGAGAAUGGAUUUUCCGUGAAGUUUAAUCCCAUGUCUGCAAAAGAGGAGUUAAGACCAAGACAGUUUGGCGCGUUAUUCGCGAAAAUUCCUCAAGAUUUUAAGAGUGAAGAGAUUAACAGGCGAGAACUUUUGACUAAAGGAUAUUUCCCUGAGAACCCUGAAUUUCCAGUAGCAUACUCAAAUCAAGUAGCAAAAUUAUUGUACCCUACGAAAUAUCAUUCCAAUAGUUAUAGUGAGAAUAUGACGGGGUUGUGGGUUGAUCAAGUAAAUUUCCUGAACUUGCCGAUCGUCAGGCAGCCCUAUGACAACUACAAAGUAUUAGUAGCAUCUGCUCCGCCGAAUGUGCAACUUGGAAAUGACAAUAAGCAGACGAUCAUAUACGUUGUGUUCCCAGAUGACGGCUCCAAUGACCAGACUGUUAGCAAUGUACCUGUAAUAUACUUCGUAAACGAAAAAAAUGCCAAAAUCAACACCGAAAAGAAGGGACCCGCCGACCCGAUAUUGAUUAUUGACAGCAACCGAACCGUGACAGGACUUAAAAGUAAAGAAAUAUCAAAGUUUAUCAGAUUCAAAAAUAAAUGGACCAAUCGUUUUGAUUACAAAUUAACGCCUUGAGCAUCAAUGAUAAGAUGAUUGUGCAUAUUUUAUCCCAUUUGAUUUUAUAUUUCUUUAUAUGUGACAUUUUAAUAGUGCAUAUAAUCCGACU